AUGGCUGCUAGUCGUCGUUACCAAAGUGUUAUGAUUGUGGAUCCGUGGGAGUUUCGGGGAUUCUGUUUCCGCGGUGAAGGACGGAGGAAUGUUGUAGUCAGUGCGAAACAUCAGAAUGAAGAUAUGAGGUAAUACGGUCGGGAUGUUGCGAAGACUAAAAGUGUUGCAAACAAUUAUUUUUUGGGACUUUAUAAAUUUAUAAAAUAUAACGUUAGAUAUAAAUUCUUUUAAGGAUAGUAUGGAGGCUGACGAAGGAUAAAAGAGCUAGAAUUGUGGCGCUCAAUUCGAACAGUGAACUGUUAUUGAAAUACAUCAAGAGUUACGUACUACCUUUGCUGAACUCAAAUUUCUUUUGUGAACCUCAACUAGUCAAGAUUCACUUUGAGGACAUGAUUCACAUUGCUAAAGUAGGUUAUACAAACAAGUGCAGAGCAUACAAUUUUAAAAAUGAAGACGUUUGUCAAAAAGAAACUUUAGUUUUACCUUUUUUAAAAAGAGAUACAUGUUUUGAAUAAAAAUACAGGUGUAGGCACGUAUUUUUCUAGUCUUGUAACUACUAUUUAUUACGCUACUUUUAUAGGUACCUUUGCUUCCACACAACCAAAAGGUUGACUCCUUCUCGGAACUCAGAGAUAAUAUUCGGUUUCCGCUGUCGUUAUUUCCUUUGGAUUAUCGUUCUCGGUCAGAGUUCGGUAUCUUUUUUUCUGAUUGGAGCUUGGAUAAUGUUCUUCCCGUUCUUGAUGAAAAUCCGUUUAUAUCCGCUCUCCAGAUGCCAGACGCUACACGGAUGCCCAAAAAGAUCUUCAACAGUUUAGUCAUGUACGGCCCAACGAUUACUGUAGAAAUAAAGCCUAAACAAGGGUUUUAUCAAAAACAUCCAGGAGUUAACGUUUCGUUUUGCAACAACUGCAUUCUCCAGGUCAGUCAAGAUAUUGGAUUUUGCAAUUCACUUGGAUCCUUUAUACAUGUAAAAGAAGUGGCAAUCUUGAUACCUUCUUAAAAUUUGCCAUAGUUUUGAUUAUUUUAGUUAGAAAAGACACAAUCUAAGGAGUUCUGCAAGAUGUACGACUACUGUCCUUUGGAACUGUUCAGCGGAGACUUCAAUCGUAUGAUGAAUGCCUUGAUAUCUUUGUUCAAGAAUCCGCACCGCAAUCUUCGUUUAUUCCGUGACGGCGACUGUGUUUACGAUGAUCACGUGGAUUUUUCCGAUCUGUGUCGCUUCCAGAAUCAGCUAUUUCCUGGACAGGAAGACUCUCUCAACGUUUUGUUGUCAUUGGUAAGAUUCGUCGCAGAACAAACUGUUUUAUUGUACAAUUAUUUCAAGUAA